AUGGCUCAACCAGGGCAAGAUGCGAAAUUCUUCCAAAGGGGAAAGAUCGAGGAAUUCCGCGCAGAUCUCCAGGCAGCAGAGACGAAAGACAAGAAGUUUGUGAAGAGGAAGACCGUGCUGAAGAAGAUUGUCGCCAAUAUCACGAUGGGCAAUGACAUGUCCCCAUUAUUCACGGAUGUCGUUCAAUGCCUGGGAACACCGCUUCUUGAAAUAAAGAAGAUGGUAUACCUCUUCCUAAUGAGUUAUGGACGCGCGAAACCCGACCAAAUCCACCUUGUCAUCCCCAAUUUCCUUCAGGAUUGCAACGACCGAAACCCUCUUAUUCGCGCACUUGCUAUUCGAACGAUGUCAUAUAUACCCAUUCCCGUUGUCACGGACGCGUUGACCGAAAAUCUACGACAUUGCCUCAAGGAUCGAGACGCAUACGUACGGAAGACAGCUGCGAUCUGUGUUGCAAAAUUAUACAACGCUGACCCACGACGGGCGGAGAAAGGUGGCUUCGUGGAGAUGCUCCGUGACCUCAUGCUCGACUCCAACGCGACAGUGGUAGCUAACGCUGUGGCAGCGUUGUCAGAAAUUGGCGAUAGGCAGGAUGGUGUUAUUUUUAGGUUGAACCUGACAACGGCCUACAAGCUUCUUGCUGCUCUCGGGGAAAGUUCAGAGUGGGGACAGAUUUACAUCUUGGAUUGUUUGUUACGAUUCGUUCCUGAGCGACAUUCAGAUGCUGAGGACAUGGCGGAACGCAUCAUCGUUCAGCUACAGCAUGCCAACUCAGCGGUUGUUCUCACAACCAUUAAAACUCUUCUAUACCUCAUGAAUUACAUGGAAAACCGUCGUCUCAUUGAUUACUGCUGUAAGAAGAUGGGUCCGCCUCUAGUGACUCUUCUUUCUUCUGGCCCAGAGGUUCAAUACGUCGCUUUACGAAACAUCCUAUUAAUCAUACAACGCCGGCCAUCAGUGCUAAAAAAUGACGUCAAAGUCUUUUUCUGCAAGUACAAUGACCCAAUAUACGUCAAAUUGGCCAAGUUGGAGAUCAUGUAUCGCUUAGCUCGUGCAGAAAAUGCGGGAGAAGUGCUAUCGGAGCUGCAAGAGUAUGCCACUGAAGUCGACAUUGACUUCGUUCGCAAGGCAGUACGCUCAAUAGGUCGUCUCGCCAUUAAGGUGGAAGCCGCUGCAGAUCAGUGCAUCCAAGCCUUGUUAAAUCUGCUCGAUACCAAAGUUACCUAUGUCGUUCAGGAGGCCAUCAUCGUCAUCAAGGAUGUCUUCCGUCGCUAUCCAGGAAAGUAUGAAGGCAUUAUUCCAACACUAUGCGAAAACCUCGAUUCCUUGGAUGAACCUGAAUCCAAGGCCGCAAUGGUGUGGAUCAUCGGCCAAUUUGCGAACAGAAUAGACAAUGCGGAAGAGCUUCUCGAUGAUCUCUUGUACACGUUCCUCGAGGAAAGCGUAGAUGUUCAACUCGCACUUCUCACAGCCGCAGUAAAACUCUUCGUGUACAAGUCUAGUUCUGACAGGGCAAAGGAGCUUGUGCAUAAGGUCCUGAAGUGGGCAACAGAGGAAGUGGAUAAUCCUGAUCUACGUGAUCGAGGUUUCAUGUAUUGGCGCAUGCUGGCCGUAAACCCUGCUGCUGCCCGAGAUAUCGUCUUGGCAGACAAGCCCCCUAUUACAACGGACUCAGACCGAAUGGAUAGAGGAGCCCUAGAUCAACUCCUGCUGCAUACCGGCACACUGGGUAGCAUAUACCACAAAAACCCUGAGACUUUCAUUCGCAACGCGACGGGGAAAGCACUAGUUGAUAGCCCAGCCCUAAAUCCGCAUUCUCGAAUGGUCCUCGUUCCUUUGACCCAACCCCAGCUACCACCAACUGUUGUUAGCGUGCCAGGUCCUGGUCCAGUCGAAUCCCAUGCUCUGCCGCCAGCAGCAGCAGCAACAGCCGACUUGAUCGGUACAGAUCCAGAUAAUACCGUUCCGCCUCCGCCAGUAUCAAAGCCGUCGAUGCAAACCAACGGGGACGAUGGGGACGCGCAAUCUGAUCAAGAGGACGAUGAUGCUGAACCAACGUCAAGAGCAACAGCGGACGAUCCGUAUUCGAAUCUGGGAGGGGCGUUUGGGAAUUAUUUAGUCGACGAGCCACGUCCGAUGACGUCCAAUACUCGCGGUCGGAAUGACGAGGAUGAUCUCUUAUUUUAG